CAGCAGAGUUGCGCAGUUGCAUUGUGAGCAGCGCAGCCAUUACAGUUUUCCUAAAUCUUUACAGUUGGAUGAGUUAAGUCGACCAAACAAUUUUCUGUGGAAAUUUUGUUAUAGUAUAUCGCUGGAAGAGAUAUCCGCUCAGGAAAUUUGUAAAACUACACAGACUGAGUUAACGCGCAAGGUCCCGCGUGUUUGCUAAUGCCAGUAUAGGCUAACCGAAUUGUUAGCGAUUUUGUUUUUAAUGACAUAAACGGUUUCAUUUAAGGGUAGUAUAAAGAUGGACACACCUCUUAGAAAUGAGUCGUCUGCAGGAAGCUCCGCGACUUUAUGCGAUGACCUCACAACUGCAACCGACUCGACUGCGAGCUUAUCUUCUGCACGAGCAGUAGUAACGUUACAGCAGGGAGAGCAACUAAAGGCCCAGGCACCCAUUUUACUUUAUGUUAACAGUCCUUUAUCAUCAACACCAUUAGUUACCAACAAAGUCGCUCAUGGUGGUCGAGGAACAGAGGCAGUUUCAACAUCAUCUGAGUUCACCCAUGAUGCCAUCGUACACCUCAUUGAAUCAAUGCAAAGGUGCAGUGAUAUUUAUAGCUCACGUGAGCGCGCGCUUCUCUUCCAGAGUGUUCAGAAAGAGCUGGAGAAUCUUGGUCACUCCAUACCUGUAGAGAAGAUUCGACGUAAAUGGAAUAACCUCCUUGUUACGUACAAGAGGGUUAAAGAUCGAAGCUCAUUGGGUGGAGCCCCCACAAAGACCUCAUGGGAGUACUUUGAAAUGAUGGAUAAUGUUUUAGGUCAGAGCAAUAUUUUUCAAGGAAGCCCUACUUCAGCCACUCUUGUUGGAUUUGCGACCCCAGCUAAAGCAGGUGCAAAGUCGGAUGUACGUCCAUCUAACAGCGUGGCUGCAAUGACCACCCCAUGUCUGCUUCCCACUGGCCUCAUCACAACGCCUUCCCAGAUCCCUACAAUGAUGACGUCUCCAAUGCUGUGCAAAGUUAACCCCAAAAUAAACCCUAAUCCCUCUGGUAGCACAGACACAGCCUCCAUCUCAUCUAAGCCUGCUUCACUGAUAAACCGCCAGCCACUGAAACAGAAAUUAAAGCGUCUUCGGCUCAACUCAUUGGCUACUCGUGCGGCCCAGCAGCAAGGGCAGGCUGGGGAACGCACUUCACUUCUUCGUAAUUUCCUCACCAGUCAAGAAGAGCGUACGCGUUUACAGGAGCAACGUCACCGCAAGAUAGAUGCACGAGAGCGUCGCAAGGAGAAAACCGCACGCGCCAUGGCCGAUGCGAUGGGAACGAUGGCAACGGCACUGGAAUUGAUCUCAUCCAAGCAGGAUACCAUUAUUGCUCUACUUCAGAGACUGGCUGAUAAGCAUUAAGGGGAAAAAACUUUACCUUCCUGUUUUUCUUUUACUAAUGUUAACUUUAUAACAGAUUUUAUUUAAUUGCUAUCCCAUUCUUAAGUAAUCAUUAAGUCUACAUAGUUAAUUUUGAAAUUCUGUUUUCUAUUUAAAAUGCUUAAGGUAAUACAAUCUGCAAAAAAAUCUUAUUUCAUAAUUUUCAUUUAUUACUUAACAACAAUGUUGCUUCUCAGUUUUGAGCAUUUCAAAUAAAGCACAAGUAUUUUCUUAAAAGAAAGUAAA